AUGACACCCAGCUCUACCUCUUUUUCAACUAACCCAGCCUGGACUGUGAUUGAUGUGGUUGCUGAUGCCUCACCACAGAUAGUGGCAACAUGCCAUGGAGAUAUUCUGCUUCCUUGUAAAAUUUCCCAGAAUCUACGAGUCCCACAGGGGGCAGUCUCUUGGUAUAAGAUUAGUGACAACAGUGAAGAACAGCAGGUUCUGCAAUAUUAUAAGGCGUAUAAUUAUUCAGAAGAAUUUAAUGCAUCCUCAGAAGUCUCAAAUGAUACCUGGCAUUCUCUGAAGAUUACAAAUAUUACAAGUUAUAGCAGUGGGACAUAUAAGUGCAUCUUAAGGACACCAGUUAAAAAAUACAACCAAAGCACAAUUACAUUAAAAGUAAUAGGCUGCCUUGAUGCAAAAAAUGAAAAAUUUUACAGAACAGACCUUCUGUUGCUGUGCUUUCUUGGGUUUUUCUACUUGCUGCUCAUCUUCUUUACUUGCACAUGCUUAAAGGAGCAAAGUCUUCCACAUUAUCAUAAAUCCAGAAAGAACCACACAGACAACAAUCUCAUCAGUACCUGCUGA